AUGCGGCCUUCCCUGCUGUCUCUUGCCGCUGCGGCCGCCUGUGUGCUCCCCAUAUACGCGCAGUUGAUCACCGCUACCGACGAGUACGGCUACACCGUCGUCGAAUUGAUCACGCUCGAUCCAUUAGGCCUAGUCACGACAUCCAUAGAGUCGACUAUUCUCGCGGGCGCGUUAACGGAUACGGCCACAGACACAGACACGGAGCUCACUACGGCUCUUACAACAACGGCGAGGACUACCGCGCCGACGACGACUACCACACCGCUGACGACGACGACGACGCCUGUUGCAAUCCCGACGACGACGACGACUACGCCCGCAGUGGUCGUUGGGGCACCAACAUCAACCGAAGCCGGUCUCACCACCUAUUAUUAUACCACCACGGACGCAGCAGGUGUGCCUCAUCAUCAAUAA